UUGCGAUCAGACCUUCGCGAUGAAAGCAUCAGAUCAUCCCGGAAGUGGCUCGGAAGUUUUUUGUUUCUGGAUCUUCUUGAACGUUUCCGCUCUAAAUCAAUCUACUGUCGGCUGGAUUAUAUUGAUCAAGUAUGCACUGCAACUGAAACGCAUCUUACGUCAAAAUUUUGUGGCUUUUGGUGGCUAUAUCUACGAUCAGCGGCCGGCAGAGCGAUCACUAAGGUAGUGCCACAUUAAGAAGACAGCCACAGAGGCAAUGCAGAGUGAAUUUGUGCCAGUUCCCAAAGAUUUUAAAGCUCAUGUCAUCGGUAGGCGAGGAUAUGUGAUACAGGACAUAGGACAGAGAUCUGGGGCACAAAUUUGGUCAGCAAACCCAGAGGAGGAAGGAUUUACGGUCAGUGGCAAUGCAGAGCAGAUAGCAUGUGCAAAGAGGAUUAUUUUGGAAAAAGUGGAGGAGGUAAAAAGAGGGAUUUGGGAACUAGUGGAGAUUCCAGUUGAAUACAAAGGUAUAAUAAUUGGAAAAGGGGGAGCUACUCUCCGUGAGAUAAGCGAGCAGACCGGGGCAGAAGUAAGUCGCAGAAAAGGGGAAGUGUAUAUCAUUAGUGGAACAGAACAUCAAAGGGAACAGGCGAAAGUGAACAUAGGGAUAAGAUUGGCCGGUGCAAGACUCAGGGGUGUAGAUAGUGAAUUCAACAAAGUUUGUUGCUUUAUUGAUGGAUGCAAUCUUCCCGAGAACUUUGGACUUCAGCUGGAGCAAGUGUUAGAAGACGAUCGCAUGGUUCUUCCAGGGGCCCACAAGCAAUAUCGACUGAAGCCGAGUGAGGGAUUUAAGUCUCAGGAAUCGUUCCUCUCUAACAAUAAUGACCCAAGUUAUCUGGUAGAACUUGCGCGUGCGGCUUUGGAAUCACUCCAUAUGCUCAAACGUGAAAGAGAAGCAAACGGUUCUUUAGAAGCUGACAUGUGGUGUCAUUUUGGAGCAGCCAUUAUCCGAGGAGCUAGUGAAGAGGAAGCUUCUGAGAGAGAGUGGAGCAUUAACGAAGCAACCGGAAAGUUUCAGCCAUCAGCGGAAAAAAAAUAUUGGAGAGUUGCAUUUAAUGAAGGAGUGGAUUUUGUCGAAGAUAUCUUCAAAGGAAAUUUUGAAAAGGCAUCUGAAGAAAAUACUGAAUAUGUUGCUAGAUAUGAUUUAACAUAUUUAUCACCAGGUGGUUAUCAAUUAAGGUGCAAGGUGUGGGUAGCAAAGGAAGACGUCAAGAAAAAGCUGGAGGAGAUACCAAUCCCGUUUAGUGACGUCAAGAACAUCCUGGAAGAUAUUCACUUUAAGGAUGAACUAACACGGUCACGAUGUCGAGGAUGGCUUGUUUUUCCAUCUCGAAGAUAUUUACAGGCCGACAUUUUAUUUCCGGGUUGCGAAUUUGAUUGUAGACUUACCAUUCGCGGAAGGUCAGAAAGUGCCGAGGCUAUUGACUAUGUUCCUAAAGAAGAAGUGAGACGAACAUUGUCACAAUAUCUAUCUGGACUGACCUUGACCAAAGAUGAUCCUUUGGGACUACGUCUACCGGAAAACGAGAUACCUAAGGGAUUUCACUUGAUCCACAAGCGGUUCUCCAAACGAACAGUGUACACUACUAAGCCAGGAUUCAGUAUCAUUUUAUCAAAGGAAUGUUCAUGGCGUAGUGUCGUAGCAGAGGAAAGAUCCAGAGAAUCGACUGACCUUCAUUUACAUUGUGAUGAGUGGGACAAACUGCUCAGUAGCGGGCAAUGGGAACCAAAGAUUAUAAUUCAGAAACUGCCUCAGUUUCUUCAGUUUGUAAAGGAAGUUCAAGGCUUUGUUGUUCGUGAGAUGCAAAGAAACAGACUAAAAGCUCCUUCAGAGAUUCUUGCGCGGGGUCCUUUAGCUUUGGAAGUUUAUAAUAAUGCCCUGGCUGAAGGAAAAACGUGUGUCAAGAGGGUGCCCUUGAUGUUGAUUGGACAAGACCGAUCAGGGAAAACCAGCUUGAAGAAGUCAUUGAAAGGGAUAGUUUUCAAUCCAGAAGAAGAUAGCACUGUCGGCAUUGAUGUGGAUCGAUAUCAUUUCAAAAUCAUGAGAGAGAUUUGGUUGGCAGGAAAAAAAGAUGAAGAGUCAACGUCUGAUGCAGAGGCCAUUUCUUUUGAGAAUAACGCAGCACGGUUGGUCGCUGAAAGAUUAAUGGAGGUAGACAGCGCUAUUGGGAGUGCAAGAAGAAUCCUCCUCGAGGAGAAAAAAAGAGGGAUCUGGGAACCCGUAGAUAUUCCAGAUGGAUACAAGGGUAUCAUAAUUGGAAAAGGUGGAGCUAAUCUCCGUGAGAUAAGCAAGCAGACAGGAGCAGAAGUAACUCGUAAACAUGGGGAAGUACAUAUCAUCAGUGGAACAGAAGAACAAAGGGAACAUGUAAAAGUAAUCAUUGCAAUGAAAGUGGAGGAGAUAAAAAGAGGGAUCUGGGAACCUGUAGAGAUUCCAGAUGGAUACAAGGGUAUAAUAAUUGGAAAAGGUGGAGCUUAUCUCCGUGAGAUAAGCAAGCAGACGGGAGCAGAAGUAACCCGUAAACAUGGGGAAGUGCAUAUCAUCAGUGGAACAGAAGAACAAAGGGAACAUGUAAAAGUAAUCGUUGCAAUGAAAGUGGCUUAUGCAAGACUUCGCCGUGUAGAAGACGAGUUUAACAACGUCAAAGUUUAUUGCUUCAUUGAUGACUGCAAUCUUCCCGAGAACUACAGACUUAAGCUGGAGAAAGUGCAAGAAGAAGAUCGCGUGGUAUUACCAGGGUCGCAGACGCAAUACAGGCUGAAACCGACCGAGGAAUUUGAACCGCAGGGAACAAUCUGGUCUUGGAUAACGGAGUAUGACAAGCUAGAGGAAGGAGACAUUCAGAAAAACACGCACACGUUUUCCGAUUCUGUUAUCUCAGACAGUGAGCCAAGCUAUCUGGAACAACUCUCGCGUGCAGUUUUGGAAUCGCUGGACAUGUUCAAACGUGAAAGGGAUGCAAAAAAUAUUUUGGACGCUGACAUGUGGUGUCAUUUCGGGAGAGCCAUAAUCCGAGGACCUAAUGAAGACGAAGCUGCUGAGGGAGUGUGGAAUAUCGACGACGCAACCGGAAAGUUCCGAUCAUCAGCAGAAGGAAAUUAUUGGAAAGUUGCUUUUAAUGAAGGAGUGGAUUUCUUGGAAGAUAUCUUCAGCAAAAAUUAUCUCAAAAAAAUUCCUGAGGAAUAUACCGAAUAUGCCACUAGAUAUGACUUAACAUUUCUAACUCCAGGUUACUAUCAAAUACGGUGCAAGGUGUGGGUAGCAAAGGAGGAUACCAGGAAAAAGUUGGAGGAAAUCCCAAUCCCGUCUAGUGACGUCAAAAACAUCCUGGAUGAGAUUCACUUUGAAGAUGAAUCAACCCGUUCAAGAUGUCGUGGAUGGUUAAUUCUUGCAUCAAGAAGAUAUUUACAGGCCGAUAUUUUAUUUCCCGGAUGCGAAUUUGAUUGCAGACUUACCGUUCGCGGAAAAACAGUUCCUCCAGAGAUUCUUGCGCGGGGUCCUUUAGCUUUCGAAGCUUAUAAUAAUGCCCUGGCUGAAGGAAAAACGUGUGUCAAGAGGGUGCCAUUGAUGUUGAUUGGACAAGACCGGUCAGGGAAAACCAGCCUAAAGAAGUCAUUGAAGGGAACAAUCUUCAACCCAGAAGAAGAUAGCACUGUCGGCAUUGAUGUGGACCGAUAUCAUUUCAAAGUCACCAGUGACAUUUGGAUAACAGGAAAGAAGGAUGAAGAGUCAACACCUGAUGCAGAGGCCAUUUCUUUUGAACAUAACACAGCACGGAGCCUGUUGCACCAGCAGAGGAAGUACCCGNCCUAUCAUUGGAAAGAGAAGCCAUACGUUGAUCUAUGGUGUAAACUUGAGAGAGAAGGAAUCCUAGAGGAAAAGCUGUUAAAAUAUGUUUGGAGUUCUCUGAUUCCACAGACAGAAACGUACGAAUGUCUUAUUGCAAUAAUGGAAAAAUUCAGCUUACUCUGCCCCUUGCCCUUGCAUAUAGAUGGUUCGAGCAGGAAGCAGUAUCUGGUGCCAUCUAUGUUGAAGUCACAUCCACCAAACGCGAUCAGUGAUUUGGUUGCAUCCGCACAAAUUCCAUCUCUUUUUCUUAAAUUUGAAACUGGCCAAGUUCCUGCAGGCUUCUUUCCCCGGCUUGUUCUGGAGUUCUUUCAAUGGUGUAUUGACAGAUUUCCGCGGCAAGAACCUCCACAACUCUUCAACGGGUUUGCGAGAUUUUACAUCCUUGAAGGAGAAGGCCGCUCUGUGGUCCUACUUUGUCACUCUUUGUCGAUCGAGCUUCUUAUCCUUACCAGUAAUGAAACUUUGGACACUUCUGAUGGGAACUUGGCUUGUGCUGUUCGUACCCAGCUUGCUUCAAUGAUUAAAUGCAUGCAAAACAAGUUCUUUUGGGUGAGGAACGUUGUAUGUGAGCUGAAUUUCUUAUGCCCAGUUUGUUGUCCAGGACGUGAAGUCAGCUACUGCCGAAAUCACCACGCAGAAGGCUGCAAGCAAGAAGAAUGUCUUCACUUUUUUCGAGAUUCUAAACUAGCCACUGGUGAUAUACAGGUCUUCUGCAGCAGAUCCGCCACUGCCCAAGAUAACCGAGUUUCGAUCGCACACUUUGCGCCUUGGUUUCUAUCUGAGCAUGACAAGCAGGAAUUGUCUGAUGAACAUGAUGGAAGACUUCUCACUUAUGUGCAAGAUGAGUUGCCAGGAAGAUCACCUGCGAUGCCUUGUAACGUAUUAGGAUCCCUUCAGCCGGUUAACCAAUUGGAAGCUGGAAUAGCCGAUGAAAGUGCCGGGGGGCUUCUUCCUUUUUUACAUGGCCAUUGCGACACAUCCCUUGCAUUACCUCGGGAAGUUCUUACAACUCUUCAGGCACAAUUGUGCAAUCCCGAAGAUGUAGUAGAUACACUACUACAGAAUCUCCAGCUGGAAUACACGUCACUGAAACAUCCAGAGCCUGAGACCAGGAAGUGGGUCCGUUGCCUGGCAAGGAAUGCAAACAAUUCAAACAGACUAGAUGUGGUGAAACACUUGAGACAGAUUACACCUGCAGGAACCACUGGUCCAUUGUUAUCUGAAACUCUUGCUGUUCGAAAUAUUCCUUUUCAACAGAGAAGAGCGAUAACCAUUUCUUUGAGUGGCAGAGACGAGUGGAAGCAGGUUGCAGAGAAACUGGGCCUAACUCAAGACGAAAUUCAUUUCCUUGACAUUCGCACACGGAACCCAGCUGAUGAGAUGCUAGGUCAUGUUACAAGGCGCUUUCGCGUAACUGUUGGAGAUCUUUAUGAUUUGUUAAUCGCCUGUGAGCUACCUGUAAUAGCCGACCUUCUGUAAAAAAUUAACUAGUGUUUGGAUACAGAUUUGUAGGAAUCAGUUCUUUGAGACUCAUGAUAACAUAUCCAAGAAAUUGCAUUUUCUGUUAAGAUGCAGUUUGCUUUGUUUGCGCAGUAGAGGUUUGGUAUCCGUCACGAAACUUCCAUUAGUUCUCUCAUAUGGAGUCAGUUGAAUUUCCUGAGAUUACCAACGUGACUUUCUUUGGAAUUUACUUGGAUGAAAAGUUUUCCCUUUGCUACAUUUUACAGGUAAAUGAAACCUUUCAUUUUAUUAAUGUAACUGCGAAAUGAAAGCACUCGAAGAACUACCAAGCUCGACAUGAUAGGGAAUCGACAGGGUUAGACCGCCUCAAGCACAAUUUAUGUGAAUGCUUUCGAAAUGAAAUAAAAAGCAAGUUAAAAGGAUGCGUUUUCCAAUUGUUGCAUAACGUGUAUGGUGUGGGGGCUUGAAAGUGCUGGUGAUCCUACGCCGAAAUGUCACAAUUGGUGUGAUGGAAAAACUCUGCACGUAUGAGUGGAGUUUUACACAUGUUGUUAUUAAAGCAACAAAAAACAGCAAAAAAAAAGAAAAAAAAAGGAAAAAAAGA